UGGCUGCCCAGAACCCGGAGCCUGAGUCAGGCAGAGGCUGGCUGCGAUGAAGGGACUUGGCCAGGGUCACUCAGAGACCCCAGAGGCCGUCCCUGUCCAGCCCGACCCUCCUUUUACAGAGGAGGAAACUGAGGCUCGGGGACGUGACCUCCUCUGCCCAAGGCCACCCAGGGAGCAGACGGCAGGGCCGAGAUUCGAACCCAGGUUCCGGCUCCCGACCCCUCCCUUCUCCACAGGCCUCGCUCAGCGGCUCUCACCCCGCCAUGGCCGUGUCUGCGGCCGGCCCGGGCAGCCCCCCGCUCUGUAACGGGAGCGGCGACGGCGGGGACCCCUUUGACCCCGAGGACUGGAACCUGACGGCGGAGGAGCUGCGGCUCAAGUACCUGGGCCCCCCGCAGAGCGCGCUCUUCGCGCCCAUCUGCGCCGCCUACGCGCUGAUCUUCGCAGUGGGCGCGGCCGGCAACGCCCUCACGUGCCUGGUCAUCACGCGGCACCGCGCCCUGCGCACUGCCACCAACCUCUACCUGCUCAGCCUGGCCGCGGCCGACCUGCUGCUGCUGCUGCUGGGGAUGCCGCUGGAGCUGUACGAGCUGCGCCACAACUACCCCUUCCCGCUGGGCGCCGGCGGCUGCCUCUUCCGCACGCUGCUCUUCGAGGCCGUGUGCCUGGCCUCCGUGCUCACCGUCACCGCGCUGGGCGUGGAGCGCUACGUGGCCGUGGCGCACCCGCUGCGCGCCCGCGCGCUGCUCACGAGGGCGCGCGCCCGCCGGGUCAUCGGCGGCGUGUGGGCCGCGGCGCUGCUCUGCGCGCUGCCCAACACCAGCCUGCACGGCAUCCGCGAGCUGGAGGUGCCGGGCCGCGGCGUGGUGCCGCACUCGGCCCUCUGCACCCUGGUGCGCCCGCGGCCCCUCUACCGCCUCGUCGUGCACGCCACGGCCCUGCUCUUCUUUGGCCUGCCCAUGGCCGUCCUGGGCACCCUCUACCUGCUCAUCGGCCUGCGGCUGCGAAGGGAGCGAAGGGAGCGGCGCCUCUGGGCCCCGGGGAGGCCCCUGCCGGCCCAGCGGCACCCCCGGGGCCGCGUGACCAAGAUGCUGUUUGUGCUGGUCGUGGUGUUCGGGGUCUGCUGGGCCCCGUUCCACGUGGACCGCCUCAUGUGGAGCUGCGUGUCCCACUGGACGGAGGAGCUGCUGCAGGCCUUCGAGUACGUGCACGUGGCGUCGGGCAUCUUCUUCUACCUGAGCUCGGCCGCCAACCCCGUGCUCUACAGCCUUCUGUCCAGCCGCUUCCGAGAAGCUUUCCGCCGGGCCCUGGGCCUGCCGGGGGGGAGGAGGCCCCAGGCCGGGCUGCCUCUGCUCCCUCAUCUGCCCCAAGCCCGCCCCUGAAGAAGGGGCCCGGCAGGGACCCCGAGCUCUCCCGGCUAGAGACGGAAGAAGAGGUCGGUGGUCCUCCGGGCCAACCUCUCAUAGAGGAGGAGGAAGGAAGAGAAGGAAGCGGGCAUCAGGCACUACUGUGUGCCAGGUACUUUGCAAGGUCUUCGGAACAACCGCGGGGGCAGAUGCUUUUCUGACCCCCAUUUUACAGAUGAAGAAACUGAGGCAGGCAGUGAGAUGACGUGACUUGCCCAGGGUCACAGAGCUGGUGGGUGUCCAUCAGGUCCUCUGUGCGCCUCCCAGCUGCUGUGUGGACAGUCCAUUCCAUUAAGGAUUAAGGGUCAGCCCAUCCCCGGACCCCUUUUUCGCUCUUCCCCGGGCGUCCUUGCCCACAGAGCGCCCCCCCCCCCGUUCUCCUGGUGCCGAUGGGCACAUGUUCAGGCCAGAGAUCUCGGGGUGCCCUUUUCAGCCCAGACAAGACAGAGGCGGCGAGCUGAGGCGGCCUCAGGGCGGGGGUCCAACACGAAGGACCGGGAAUAUCUUCUAGAGGAAGGCAGGAUGCUAGCCAGGAGCCGGAGAGGAGGCAGGAGGCACAGCCGGGGAAGGUGCCCAGAGGUGGGAGAUGGAGGCUCCUGAGCCAGGAGCAGCCAGGAGAGCUGUGUCACUGGAUGGAAGAGCACAUAGUGGGCGUGGGAAGACCCACUGAAAAGGACACAACACAGAAACGAGACAUCAUUCAUUGUGGGUUCACUUGAGGCCAAUGGCCAACCCUGGAAAUCGCCGGAGGGGAAGUGUCUGGGGGCUUUCCACUGCAUCUCAGACAGUCUAGCUCCCAGUCCCCUCACCAGCCCCGGCUCAAGGGGUUCUCACUUUUGGGGGGACCUCCUAAAAUGGGGAGGAGACUGAAGCCUCACCAUAAACAUUUACUUCUAGUAACGUGUCCAAGACCAAAUUAGCAUCGCUGCUGACAUGUAGCAGUAAGGACGGAUAGUGAGCUUGGAGGCCACUAAGAUCCCCAGAUCUUUGGUGGUACAGUGGAAAGAGAGCUGGGGCUGGAGUCAGGAAGAUCAGAGUGCAAAUCCAGCCUCAGGUACUUAUUAGCGAGGUGACCCUGGGCAAGUCACUUUAUCCUGCUUGCCUCAGUUUCUUCAUCUGUAAAAUGAGCUGGAGAGGGAAAUAGUAAACCACUCCAGUAUCUUUGCCAGGAAAACCCCAAAUGGGGAAAUGACUGUGACAACAACAAAAUCGUCUAGCUGUGUCUCUCUCUUCCCCCAUUCUGCGUGUUUCUGCAGUGGAUGUUUCGCACCUGUAAGGAAUUCAAUUUUAUAGUUGGCCUAAAUAUAUAAGAAUUCUAAGAUAAUAGUGUGGUCGCCAAUUUAAAAAUUAAUACAGCCCAAGUCAAAUCGACUUUUAGCAGCUUUGUUUACAAAGAGGUAGGACAAGUGAAAGCAGAGAAAUGUGGAAGAGGGUAGAGUAAGAAGACCAGCUUAUCACCCUAAAUGUUGCUCCAGUCUCCUGCUCAACCCUUGCAAGGCUAGUUUAACCCCUGAGCCAAAGGACUUGGCGGUGAAUUAAGCAAGGGCUCAACCCACAAGGCCCCCUCCAAGAAGGGGAGGCCUCUCUGGAGCUAAUCUCUCCAGAAGCCAGGAAAGGGGGGUCAGUUUAGGCCUCCUCCAAGAAGGGGAGGCUUUUCUGGAGCUAAUCUCUCCAGAAGCCAGGAAAGUAGGGUCAGUUUAGGCCUCCUCCAAGAUGGGGAGACUUCUGGAGCUAAUCUCUCCAGAAGCCAGGAAAGGAGGGUCAGCUUCUCCCUCCCCUGGGCGAAGCUCCAAAGGGAGGAGAUCCAGGAGCCAUCUUGCCAGAGGCAGUCCAAGAGCCACAGUCCCAGGACCAAGUGAAGCCAAAGACUGAACAAAGUCUCCUGAAGGAGAUCAUCUAACCUGAAAAUUCAGGACGAAGACCUCUUGCCCAGGAAGUUCCUCAUCUUUUAUAGUCCUUUUCCCGCAUCACUUCCUGUCCCUUCCUCCACUUUAUGGGGACCAAUUGCAGUCUUAACAUUUGCUUCUGGAGUUGUCACCCACUUUAUAAGUGGCUUGAGGACCUCCCCUACUUAGUGUUAAGUGGGGUGUCUAUGCUUUUGGUUGAUUAAAUUUAAAAGCAGGCAA